CUACAAUCCAUCACUUGAACCACCAGUUUUCGGCGUGCAGCCACGCCCUGUUGAGUCCAGUACCGGUACCCUGGUGAAUCCAACAAAAACCACCUGCACACACUCCAGGAAUUACAGAAUCUUUUCUACUCUUACAUCUUACCACAACUGCAGAUUUCACCAAGACAUCCGACUUUCUCUUUUGAUUAUUUAGAUACGUCUUGAGAUAUCGCCUUCAAUCAUCGCAGUCCCUCAUCUCACCUCACCUUACCCACCUCUACAUAUCAAUCGCAUAUCAAUCGCCCGUCUUCCCGAGGAGCAACAACUUCCUUGCACACAUCCACACCCGGGCAACCCUCUCACUCAACAAAAUGGGCGGCCACGGAAAAGACCGCCGUCGCGAAAAGACUCUUCGCGAGUUGCACGACCCGCAGACGGUUGACGAGCUGCUAACAGCCUUUGACGAGCGCCGCACGGAGGAGAGGCAACGGGUCGCUCGAGAGGACGAGGACCGUCUCGCCAGGCAGCGCAAGAUAACAGGCCAAAUCAUUGAAUCCCGCAAGGAACGCAAAGGGCGCGCUACCAGAGCCAAGGAAGAGAGGCUUGAUCGCUUCGAAGCCGGUGUCCGGGAGCAGGAAGAAUGGUGCAGGAAGAGGCAGCUGAGACGCGCCUCCCCGUUCUAUGACGAGCAACCCGGCGGCGAUUGUAACGAGUCUGGAUCGGAGGACGACCAAGAAUGGAGUGACAACCAAGAAGAGAUUGAGGAUGAAGUUGAUGACGACCUGGCUCGAGCACUCGCCGCAUCUCGCAUUUCCGAGAGACAGGAGCGUGAGACGCGUGGUCGAUCGUCCAAGGGCAAAUACAAUGCCGAGUCGCCCCCAGCUCGUCGGCGACAGGUCGAAGACCAGCGAUGCCCCGAGCCAGCGAAGAAGCGGCAGCCAUCGACACCUAUCAAUCCUCCAAGCCGCCCAAGAAAUCAAGGCGCUGCCGACAGCUUCCGGCGCCCAGCACAGGUCCAAGUGCCCUCAUAUUCGGGGGUACCGCAGCACCACCAACAGGCACAACAGAUGCCUGUUCCUUCCUAUCACUCGGGGUAUGAGCAGCCCUAUUAUUCCGACCCUCUCCACAUCUCCAACUCGGAUCGACCUGUGGCAGAGCUGGAAGCAGUCAAGAGCUACUACCGGGGUGGCAACAUGGCUCCCCCUUCUUCAUUCAACACCAACCGCCCUAAGCCAUCUCGCCCCUCGCAACACGUCCACUGGUCGAGUCCGGUUGCGCGUCCUGCCUCGCCAGGCAAUUACGAGGAUCUCGGGUCGGCGAGCCCCUACUUCCACCUGCAUGGCCAUUACCCAGCUUACUAG